UCACCGCAGUGGCUGAGCUGCUGACAGGAGGCGGCGGCGGAGGAGGAGGCGAGGCAAGACCUGCGGCUCCGCGGGGCCACUGCCGCGUUAGCUCUAGGCAACCCCACGGAGCUACGCCGGCCACAGUCAGCCCGCUAGCCUCUCGCCGUCUGUCGUCCUUCCAUCCGUUUAUCCGCCCGACUGGUCAGGGGCGGCCUAGGCUGCAUCAUCUGCCGGGCUUCUGGGGCCGCCGCCCCGCGCGGUCCCGUCGGCGUCCCUGGCCGCGCCCGGCCCCUGGCCCGCUCGCCCGCCGGCACCAUGAUGGAGGAGAUCGACCGGUUCCAGGUGCCCACCGCGCACUCGGAGAUGCAGCCGCUGCAGGACCCAGCCGCCACCUCUAUCUCAGACGGAGACUGUGACGCCCGGGAGGGUGAGUCAGUAGCCAUGAAUUACAAACCAUCCCCGCUCCAAGUGAAGCUGGAGAAGCAGCGGGAGCUGGCCCGGAAGGGUUCACUGAAGAAUGGCAGCAUGGGCAGCCCUGUCAACCAGCAACCCAAGAAGAACAAUGUCAUGGCCCGGACGAGGCUGGUCGUCCCUAAUAAAGGCUACUCCUCGCUUGACCAGAGCCCUGAUGAGAAGCCACUGGUAGCUCUUGACACAGACAGCGAUGAUGACUUCGACAUGUCCAGAUACUCUUCCUCUGGCUACUCCUCUGCAGAGCAGAUCAACCAAGAUUUGAACAUCCAGCUGCUGAAGGAUGGCUACCGGUUAGACGAGAUCCCCGACGACGAGGACCUAGAUCUCAUCCCCCCCAAGUCCGUGAACCCCACCUGCAUGUGCUGCCAGGCCACUUCCUCCACCGCCUGCCACAUUCAGUAGCGGGCGGGGUCGCCGCGGCGCACGGGGCGGGGCCGAGUCGGGCCAGGUGGGAAGCGACAGUGGCCGACCCCUACCUAGCUGGCCCACUGGUCCCCCUUACAGCCCCGAGCUCCUUACAGCCGCCAACCUCGUAACAGUCAUUGCUUCCUCCUAUGGUAGGACGUGUACCUCUGUGUGUUCAUGGAGCCGGAGAAACCAAAACCGGGUCUGUCUCCAGCCCAGGGGCUGAGGAGGGGGGACGCUGUUUGCUCAGUUACUUGGGAGAGACCACACCCAAGCACCCUGCCACCUCUCCCCAGAGCUGCAGUCGGGGGCAGCACUAAAGGCCAAGAGGCCAACUGUAAGCAGUCGGGUGAAGGGAUCACAAGGCCAGGGGUUUGGCCCCAUGCCAGCGAAGCCAUGAAUUUCCCAACCCCAGCCUGGAAAGGAAGGGAAGGGGUUGGAGAAGAAAAGGCCCCAAGCAAUGGGGACAAUUCUCAACACCUCAGAGCGCCUCUCCCCAAACCUGGUGCCAGCCCUUAUACCUAUUUGUGUUUCCCCCUCAUCUCCAGAUGGGACGCCAGGCAAAGCUGUCCAAGGGAUACUUUCAUUAGAUCACUGCCUUCUCCCUUUCUCCCUUCCCUCCGUCACAUUUCCCUGCUUCCUACUGUCUGAGGACUGGGAGUGUAGGUGGGCCUUAGAGAGAGGCCAGGUUUGGAGAUGGUAUGACCUGUUCUCAAGCUCCGCUAACCAAUGCAUCUGUCUCUCUGCCCGUCUCUCCCCCUCCCCCAGUCUUCUGGUUAUUGGUUCCAGGCUGGAAGCAGGAGAUAAGGCUGGCCUCCAGUGCCCUGUUCCCAUUUCACGUUAACCCAAGGCCCAGGAGGCUGUCUUCCAGAAAGGCUCUUCAAGAGCAAGCUUACGAGAAUACAAUGCACCAAGUGGCUGUAUGUAUGUGGUAGUGCAUGUGUGUGUGUGUGUGUGUGUGUGUGUGUGUGUGUGUGUGUGUCUGUGUGUCUGUGUGUCUGUGUGUCUGUGUGUCUGUGUGCUGGUUGAACCUGUCUAUCCAGGUCAGCCUGGUGGGUGUCUGUGGUGGGAAAUGGCUAUGGUCUGUUUACUGUAUGAAAGGCAGCUUGGCUUGGGAACACUGCCUGGCAGUCAGAAGCCUGGGUUCUGGUCCCUCUCCCUGAGCUCUUAAGCAAUUCUCAAGCUUCUUUAGGGCUUCAGUUCUCUCAACUGAAAAAUAAAAAUAGCUGACAUUAGUGACAGAGUCUUUUCAUAUCUGAAGGAAUUUCUGCAGAGAGCCAUGAGAUCUGUCUUUGAGGGCGCAUGCCUGUGUAGACAUGGGAGCACAUGCGAAUUUGUGUGUGUUGAGUGUGUGUGUGUGUGUGUGUGUGUGUGUGUGUGUGUGUGUGUGUGUAGCUGUAUGAGGUGUCAUUGCUUCUGCUGCUUCGGCUGAUCUGGGGAGGGAAAGCUGAGGAUGUAACUCAGUGAGGAGGAGAUGGUGGCUCUCCGCUGGCUGGGCAGUAUAGACCUGCCCUCAUGUGAAAACAACUGGAAACACAGAGAGCCUCAGACUGCUAGGUCUAUGCCCCACCAGCCUCCUCUCACCUAGCCAAAGCAGCCAAGGUGUAGCGUCUCCAGGCCUCCUGCUGACACCCCAGACGGCUGGUGUUUCUGCUGUCAUGGCUACUAUGCACACACAACACUCUGGGUGCCAGUCCUGGGAGGUGGGAGCUAGAGCGGAUGGACGUGGUGAGAGGGAGGAGUGGGGCUGUUGGCUUAGGAAGGAGAGCACCUCUCCUAGGCCACGCGGGGGGCUGCCACUCCAAAGUGUGGGAGUAUAGCUCUCCACUCCCCACGCCUCCAGCCCAGCUUACCUCCCCUAGUGCAGAGAUCCUAACUAGAUAAUGCGAAAAUGCCAAAGGAGGCAAGUCAGAGAAAGUAUGUGCCAGGGCCACGAGGCCCAUAGUGGCCCCCUCCCCCACCCUGGUUAGCAUUCCCACCACCCAUCCUCUGGGCCCCAGAACUAGAACUCCUACGACCCCACCCCACUGGGCUCUUUGGCUCACCUUCUAGAACAUGGGUACCUCCUCUUUUAGACUGCUGACUAACUGUGGGAUUCUGGCCCUGAGAGCCGGGGAAGCGCCCUCCCCACAGGACAGACUUGUUCAUUAGCAGGCAAGGCCUUUAGACUGAAGUGGUUCAUACACAGUGGGUAGGGAUAGGAAGCUGGCAGCCAGCAGCUUCUGUGUCCAAGGAGAGUCCAAGGUGCCCUCCCCCCCUAUCUGGAAGUUGAAGGGGAAGAGCCAGGGCCUUAGCUUGCCCCUGCUCCCCCACCCCUUGUAGAUACUGCCUUAACACUCCCCCACCCUCGGCUGUGGCUGCCACCCAGCCAGGUUUCUCCGAGCUCACUAAUUUAUUUCCAAGAAGGUGUGUGGAAGACAUGAGCCGUGUAUAAUAUUUUUUUUAACAUUUCCAUCGCAGUAUUGACCAUCAUCCUUGGUUGUGUAUCGUGUAACACAAAUAAUGAUAUUAAAAGCAUCAAACAAG